CCCCUCGCUUCCUGUUUCAAUGAGUUGGACGAUUUUACUGGUUCUGACGUCAUGCUAUUCUCUCCUAGGGGAAGGUGCGAGUUGGAGCUGGAAUGAUUUCUGGCUAAAUGUAGGAAAGACAGGUCAGGAGAAGGGAGGCGAUGAUUAUGUUGACUGGUUGGGUGACAGUUUCACCAGUAGUUUCUCAAGCAGCUCUAACUCCUGGUACUGGAGUACUACACCUACUGAAUAUCAUACCUGUCCGCCUGACUACCCCUGGGUCUUCUACUCUGGUCGGUACUGCUGCAAGCACAUAUACGAGAAGUUUGAGUCCUUGUUCGAUAGGAGUUGUGAUGGGGGUCCGCUCACUAUAUCCAGCAAGUGCUGCCAGGAUGAUGAUUACGUAGUGUGUGAUACCAGACCUUGCACUGAUUACUCGGCAGAAACAACAGAGCCAGCUGGUACGAGCACAUCUUAUAAAGAUCCUUCUUCAAGCCCACCUACAAGUCCUACAAUCUCUACAAUAACCAGCCGCAGCCCGACAGCAUCUUCACCUUCUACCGACUGGGACACCCCACCAAUAGAUGAUACAAAGACCUACAAGAUGGAGGAGGAUGAGGACAGUGAAGACAUUGAGAAGGCAGUAACAGCAUAUUACUCUGACUAUAGUGGAUGGUGGGAUUGGGACGAUUAUUUGGUCACACGCCCACCACCCCAUCCACCUCUUCCACCCCAUCCACCGAUACCUCCCCCAACUGACGUGGAGAUCUACGAACAGGAACUCGUAGAUAUAGUAUGUAUGUUCCUGUCUACCUUUGGAGAUAUCUGCGAUCCUCAGUCUCAACAAAAUCCAAAACCACUCACCGAGCUGAGCGACCCUUAUUACGAUCCUUUCUACGAUUCUUACUACGAUCCUUGGCUUUACGAUCCUUACUACUCGUACGAUCCUUACUACUACCCACAUACGGACUCUAUGGACGACACUGGUAUGUACAUUAAUGCAAUAAUGGGCUAA